AUGUAUGGUAGCUAUCCAUCACGGUUAUCAAUUGUCUGCAGUGAACUGCUACCACGAAUUCAGAAUCAAAGCUACGUUGUGGAUACGUAUUUCUUACAAUCAGCUAUCGAUCGUAUUUUCAACGAUCCUCAAAUCGAUCUUUUAUCCGUUUUAUUACAGCCAGGAAUAAACGAUUCUCUAUUGUUGGAAUCAAACAUCGAAUUUUUCGAGUAUUUUAUGACUUCUUUUUGCCGACAUUUGGAGCGUAGUUCGUGUAUAUUACCACUGAAAACUGUACAAGACAGCGUCUAUAUGAGACUUCUUGCUGAUUAUGUUUGUUUUAUGAUGCCGGUGAAUGAAGAAAAUUCAGCUGCUGUAACAGCGAGAAAAAUUCAUUCUGAAAAUACGAUGAAGAGUAGUUAUAGUACACCACUCAAUGUCUUUAAAGAGGAAGCUUUAAGACGAUAUGCGCUCUGUCCCUCAUCACAUUCCAUUCGGACAUUGCGAACUAUGACCCAGUCUAUUUCACCACAUUUUCUAACAUUCACAUGUAUUCUUGUUCGCUCAUACUGCUCGUUAUCAAAUUGGCCAACUGAUUACCGUUUCAUUGCUCUAAGAUUUGUUCUUAGAGAAAUUCAUGUAUUUGCACUUGCUGAGUCGGAAGAGUUCAACUUUUCCCAGUCAAAACUUCAACUGCAAUGGAAUGCACCAUUUGCGGAUGAACUUUUUGAUUUUUUCUUGUCAUUAUUUACUCAUUGGCCAGCAAAUCCCUCCUUUACCAAUCUUUUUGAUGUAUGGGUUACAUGGAUCCGACCAUGGCGUUACUGUGGGAAUGAUCUACAACGUAAUAUGCCAUUCAUUCGUUGCAAUCGUCGUUUUUAUAUCGAAUUGUCAGAUGCAUUCUGGCGACGGAAAUUUUCACUUGAAUGCACACAGGAUAUAGAGAAUUUAGCUUCAUACAUUUGUAUUUUAACCUCUCCUGAUAUGCUAGAAGUCUACGAGGCUUUGGAAUAUAAUUUGGAACCAUAUGUUCUUACUUUAAUAAAUUCAUUGAAAGAGGAUGCUGAAAAAUUGUGUUUGAGAAUGCUGAAAGAUGAAGAAAAAUUGGAAAAGGCAGGCUGGUUUCAACGCACGUUCUUCUGUCUUGAGGAAGAAUUGCUUUUGUCAGAGCAUAAAAGAACUCUGAAAGCAUUGGAAAGGCUUAUUAUAGAUGCAAGCAAAGCUUUGUCGGAUUCAGAUUGCAGUGAGUCACAAAAUGGCAUUGUUGCUGCAAGGAGAGUUUCAGCAAAUGAAUCCUCAAUGAGUAUUAUGAGCACUUCUAGUUCACAUAAUUCAUUACUUUCACGAAAACAAAUUCCUGAUCAUUAUGUUGAUUCAACGACAAAAUUAAUGUAUCUUACACCACUUGGACGAAAACAGGUUGCUCAAGGAACACAUCGUUUUGAUUAUUCGAAAUGCUGGAAAGCAACACCGCCAAUUAUUUCAUCACUUCGUUCCAAUGAAGUCUGGUGGUUGUCCAGAUUACUGUAUCGAAUUUCUAGAACCAUUAAUCAUAUCGGAUUUAUUCAGUAUCUUUCGCAAUGCUACGAAGAUUCCACACUAGUUGGUUUCAUUGCUCGACUUUUGCUUGAUCCAGAAUAUCCUAAUGUCUAUGUUCCGGCACAUUCAUCAGUUAUUGCAUUUCAAAAGCCGUGCCUUAAUUUGCGUUACUUUGCUUACUAUCGUAAUUUGGAUCGUUCUGCUGGUUUCAUGCGUUUAUACCGGAAUGUGUUAGAAGUAAUAAGGCUUGUGAGGGAUAAAACAUUUUUAAUGGACGAAUUCUUAAAUGUGAAUAGUUUGGAUACCUUAAGAGCAAUACAUGAAAGUGAUGAACAGUGGAAAUUACGGCGAAUGUUUCUUGAACGACAUAUGGCUAAUUAUCCAAAAAAUCGUCUUCUUUGUCUAGCUCAGAUCUUCUGUAAUAUGAUCGCUCUCGGUUGCACAUAUGACCAGGAACUGAUGAAGACAGUCAGAGAAAUGGGUGCAGGACUAUGCGAAGUGCUUAAGGAUCGUAAACGAAUUUUUGAGCAAGAUUCUGUCAAGCCAUCUGUUUCGAAAAAAGCAAAGUUGGAGUUAAAAAGUGGCAGUGUUAUCAAUGAAGAUUCGCCAUGCGCUUUGAAAAGGAAGAGUUUUAUGCUAAUAAGAGCGCAAUUGACCGUCCUUGGAAAAGACACUGAGCCGCUUCUUUCGCUCAAUCAACUAACUUCUCGACUCAAGUACAAAUGGGAGUUAAAGAGUGUUGAAAAUGGCAAAUCGGUACUUCUUGUGAAUGAUGUCAUUGUUUUGGAAGGAAUUUUACCUGCAUGGAAUGAUAACGAUACAAAAAAUUUUGCUGCUGCUGCAGCUUUAGCAUCAUUAUCGAGGGAAGACAGAGAAGUACGUGCGAAAGGUGGCAAGUUUGAAUUAUGCAAAGGCGAUGAUGGUCCAUCCGAUUUUUAUAUGUCCUAUCUUGUGGAUCAAUUGAAAUUGGCCGUUAAAGUGAUGCCUACCAAUGGAACUUCAUUUGAUAAAUUGGAAGGCGGUCUUCGUGCAGUUCGGAUGCCUCUGCGAUACAUUGCCGAACGAGGAACAGGGCACGACUUCUUUUACAUGCAAUAUUUCGAGCUCCUUUCUCUUUAA